UCGAGCAGAACAGAUACGUAGUCUCUAUGGGGACCGUGAGGAUGUCCCAAAUGAGGAUGCUCAGAUGGGCUAUACUACUACUGGGGCUCCAGUCAACACAAGCAGAAUUUUUCCUCGAUGUUGCGGACUCGACAGAGCCAACAGAUGUUUUUUGGUCAACGACAGUGCUCCCCACCACACCGAAUCUAUUGAUAACAACAGCUGGACCAGAUUUUGGUCAUCAAUCCACCAUCUGCAGCACAUGGGGAAAUUUCCACUUCAAGACAUUUGAUGGUCAUUUCUUUCAAAUGGCUGACACGUGUAACUACGUUCUGGCCGUGAUGUGCGACACCGCUGUUUCUGAUUUUAACAUCCAAAUGCAAAGAAAGAUUGUGAAUGGCUCCGCCGCAUUCAACUUAAUCACAAUACAGCUGGAGGGAACAGUCAUCAAACUAAGGGAUGGCAACAUCUUCAUGGACGACCAAGUGGUGUCUAUUCCGAUCAAUCAGAAUGGAAUUAAAAUCGAGGGAAGCUUAUCAAGUGCUAAGAUCUCCAGAUAUGGUGCGACUGUCUUUUGGGAGGAAGCAGACCAGUCUGUAGUGAUUCAACUUGCUGAAAAGUACCGAGGCCAAACAUGCGGACUCUGUGGAGACUUCAAUGGCAACAAGAGAAAUGAUAUUUCUCUCAUUGGUCCAGACAAAUGGAAGGUGUCUUUAUCAGCUGAACCCUGUGAAAAUGUUACAUUACAGCCCAACGAACAGUGUGACAGCCAGGCAAACAUGUGCCAGGAGUAUAUCCAGCGUUCAGGGUUCGACGACUGUCGCCGUGUGCUGGACAUGAGUUCGUUUGAGAAAGUUUGCUCAGACGAUCUGUGUCAAUGUCAUGGCAACCAGGAGUGCGUCUGCAACACGCUCACAGAAAUAUCACGACAGUGCGCACACGCUGGUGGCAAGCCGGGGACAUGGAGAACAGACCAACUCUGUCCAAAGAAAUGUCCACUGAACAUGGAAUACAUGGAGUGUGGCGGGCCGUGCAAAAACACCUGCUCAGAUCCAGAUGGAAGCCUGUUGUGUACAGAUCACUGUGUAGAUGGCUGUUUCUGCCCUGACGGCACCGUGGAAGAUGACAUUGGCAAUGGUGGGUGUGUUCUCAUAAGUGAGUGUCCAUGUGUCCACGAGGGAAGAAUAUACCAGACAGGAGAGUCAUACGAACAGGCAUGUAAAUCAUGCGUGUGUGCUGCUGGAUACUGGACUUGUACGGAUCUAGAAUGUCCUGGAAUCUGUUCUGUUGUGGGAGGCUCUCACAUCACCACAUAUGAUGGAAAAAGCUUCAGCUUUAAUGGCAACUGUGACUACACCCUUACUAAGCACUCCAAUGACAGUAAUAUUGCCGUAAUUGGAAAUCUGGCAGUGUGUGAGCCGACCCGAGCAGACACAUGUCUAAAUUCAGUUUCGCUGAUCAUGUUGGGGAACAGAUUGACAACUAUAAAUUUUUCGCCCAGUGGGACUGUCACACUAAAUGGAAUCGCUUCAAGUGGGUUUCCGAUCUUCACAGAGAAUGUAGUCAUCUUCCAACCCACCUCUUCCUAUAUUAUCGCUGAUAUGAAGGGUCUUCGCCUAGAGAUCCAACUGACUCCAAUCAUGCAGUUGUAUAUUGUAGCCAGCGCUACAGAGAAAGGCAAAUUUAGUGGUCUGUGUGGGAACUAUAAUGACAUCCAAUCAGAUGACUUCAAAACACAAUCAGGCCUUACAGAGGGAACACCAACAACCUUUGUCAACUUUUGGAAAAAAAACCAAUACGGUUGUACAGACAUUGAAAACACGUUCAACAACCCCUGCAGUCUGAGUGUGGAAAGAGAAAAACUUGCAAAGGACUGGUGCUCCCGUCUCACAAACCCAAAUGGAACCUUCUCCUCGUGUCAUUCAGAAAUAUGUCCUAAGACAUACUAUCAAAGGUGCAUUUAUGACACCUGUAAGUGUGCUGAUAUCGGGAAGUGUAUGUGUGCCGCCCUCUCCUCCUACGCCCACGCCUGUGCUGCGAGAGGGGUCGUUAUCCAGGGAUGGAUGGAUUCAUACCCCUGUGAAUCAAACGUGUGUUCAAACAACAUGAAGUAUUCCUACAACACCACCAGCUGUCCCAACACCUGUCGUGGGAAGGAUUACUCUUGCAAAGCAUCAUUCACACCUGUAGAUGGCUGUGUUUGUCUUGAGGGCACCUAUCUCAAUGAUGCAGGCACCUGUGUGCAAGCGGAGCAGUGCCCUUGUUACUAUGACAACCAGGUCAUUGUCCCUGAUGGGUCCAUCUACGUAGAUGGUGCUAAAUGCACCUGCACUUAUGGCAAACUGCACUGCUCCGGUCAAAAAGAAUGUGUGGCUCCAAUGGUCUACGUCAACUGCUCGGUCACCGAACAUGGAAAGAAAGGGACAGAGUGUCACAGGACAUGUCAAAGUCAAGAUCUAAACAACUGUGUGAGCACUGGGUGUGUAUCAGGUUGUAUGUGCCCAGAUCACCUUCUUGCUGAUGGAAAAGGCGGGUGUGUGGAGAUAGAUAAUUGCCCCUGUACCCACGAUGGAUUAACUUAUUCACCUGGGAACCAGAUUCAAGAUGAAUGCAACACCUGCACAUGCAAGAGCGGGAUAUGGGCUUGUACGGAUAAGGAAUGCUAUGGCAGCUGCACCAUCUACGGGGAAGGUCAUUUCCAGACUUUCGACGGCAAGAGAUAUUCUUACCAUGGAGACUGUGAAUACAUCCUAGCACAUGAUCACUGCAAUACCGACCAGAGCCCAUAUGGGUUUCGCCUUGUAACAGAGAACAUUCCCUGUGGCAGCUCCAGUUCCAUUUGCUCAAAAUCCAUCAAUCUUUUCUUCGGGAGAUACAAGGUGAUUUUAUCCGAACCUGAUGGAGUCAAAGUUGUCGAAAGCAAUGGAACCGAUUACCAAUAUCAAAUCCAUUCUGUGGGAGCACACAUUAUCAUAGAGGUCAGACAGCUUUUAAACUUAAUUUGGGACGGCAAAACAAGUCUGAUGCUCCAACUCCAUCCAAACUUUAAGGGCAAGGUUUGUGGACUGUGUGGAAACUUUGACAGCAACGCAAAUAACGACUUUGUGAAGCACGAUGGAGAAGAGGUCACAGAUGCAGUGGUGUUUGGAAGUAGCUGGAAAGUGACGUCCAGCUGCCCGGAAGUGAACAGCUUGAUGAAUCCUUGUGAGAAAAACCCACACCGGAGUGCCUGGGCCAUCAAACAGUGCAGCAUCAUUACAAGCAACGUAUUCAAAGAUUGCCAUUCACAUGUGGACUCUGCCCCAUACUAUGAUGCCUGUGUAAGAGACACCUGUGCUUGUGACACUGGGGGGGACUGCGAAUGUUUCUGUACCGCAGUGACUGCGUACGCUGCUGAAUGCCGUAAAAAAGGAGCUUGUAUUGCAUGGCGGAGUCCAAACAUUUGUCCUUUAUUCUGUGAGUACUACAACAACCCACCGGGUGAAUGUGAAUGGCAUUAUAAAACCUGUGGUUCAACCUGCAUGAAAACAUGCGGAAACCCAUCAGGGACCUGCUCCAAUCAAAUUCCUCUCCUAGAAGGGUGUUUUCCUCAGUGCCCUUCAGACAGGCCAUUUUUAAAAGAGGAAACCAGAAAAUGUGUUACAGAGCCACAGUGUGCUCCUGUAUGUGUUUAUGAUGGGAAAGAGUUCAAAGUUGGAGAAACUGUGUAUCACACCACAGAUGGGUAUGGCAUGUGUUUCAUUGCUGUGUGUGGACCAGAUGGAACAAUAAACAGAACUAUUGAAACAUGCACCACAACAGCUCCACCAUUCACUUUUACUAUUCAACCCGAACAAACACAAGCAACAACACAACCACUUGGAGAAGCAACAACACAGCCAUCAACGACCACUGUAACUCCUGGUCCAACUCCAAGACAACCCACUACAAAACCUCCUACAGAAGCAACAACACAACCACCAAGAACCACUAAAACUAUUAGUACUCCACCUCCAACACAACCCACUAUACAACCUUCAACAGAAGCAACAACACAACCAUCAACGACAACUGUAUCUACUGGUACACCACCAACACAACCCACUACACAGCCUUCAACAGAAGCAACAACACAACCAUCAACGACCACUGUAACUACUGGUACUCCAUCAACACAACCCACUACACAGCCUUCAACAGAAGCAACAACACAACCAUCAACGACCACUGAAACUACUGGUACUCCAUCAACACAACCCACUACACGGCCUUCAACAGAAGCAACCACACAACCAUCAACGACCACUGAAACUACUGGUACUCCAUCAACACAACCCACUACACAGCCUUCAACAGAAGCAACAACACAACCAUCAACGACCACUGAAACUACUGGUACUCCAUCAACACAACCCACUACACGGCCUUCAACAGAAGCAACCACACAACCAUCAACGACCACUGAAACUACUGGUACUCCAUCAACACAACCCACUACACAGCCUUCAACAGAAGCAACAACACAACCAUCAACGACCACUGAAACUACUGGUACUCCAUCAACACAACCCACUACACGGCCUUCAACAGAAGCAACCACACAACCAUCAACGACCACUGAAACUACUGGUACUCCAUCAACACAACCCACUACACAGCCUUCAACAGAAGCAACAACACAACCAUCAACGACCACUGAAACUACUGGUACUCCAUCAACACAACCCACUACACGGCCUUCAACAGAAGCAACCACACAACCAUCAACGACCACUGAAACUACUGGUACUCCAUCAACACAACCCACUACACAGCCUUCAACAGAAGCAACAACACAACCAUCAACGACCACUGAAACUACUGGUACUCCAUCAACACAACCCACUACACGGCCUUCAACAGAAGCAACCACACAACCAUCAACGACCACUGAAACUACUGGUACUCCAUCAACACAACCCACUACACGGCCUUCAACAGAAGCAACCACACAACCAUCAACGACCACUGAAACUACUGGUACUCCAUCAACACAACCCACUACACGGCCUUCAACAGAAGCAACAACACAACCAUCAACGGCCGCUGUAACUACUGGUACACCUCCAACACAACCGACAACAGAGUUUAUAGUGCAAACAGAAUCAACUAGACCACAAACUCAUGCCACCUUACCCCAAGAAACAUGUUCUUGCACAUAUGCAAAUCAAACAUUUGCACCAGGGUCUGUCAUAUACAACCAAACUGAUAAAGCAGACUGGUGUUACUUUGCUUACUGCAGCUCUAGCUGUACUAGUCAAGUAACGCAGAAACCGUGUCAUCAAACCACUACAGUUACACUAUCAACAGUUGCCAGAGAUUGUACUGAUGUCAAUCGAAAGAAUGGAGAAUCAUGGACUGAUGAAUGUAGCACGAAAACAUGCAUAGAUGGCCAUGUCACGUCAAGCCCUGCACAGUGUGAUCCAAAUGAUGCCCAAAUACCUACAUGUGCCAAUGAACUUACACCCGAGAAGGUGUAUUAUAACAAUAACUGCUGCUACAAAUAUGAGUGUCCAUGUAAAUGCAGUGGCUGGGGUGAUCCUCAUUAUAAAACUUUUGACGGAAAAUAUUACACUUUCCAAGGGAACUGUUCCUACGUAUUGGUCCGAGAAAUCGUUCCAAAACAUGACAUCAGUGUCUACGUUAAGAACUAUUACUGUAACAGUGCAAGUAAUUUUGCUUGCCCUGAAUAUGUGGUUGUGAAUUACAAAUCCUAUAAAGUCAAGAUGACUAGCGACAGCGAACAGAUCCAGGUCUUUGUCAAUGAUGUUAUGAAGAUCCCAACCUUCAUGAAUGAAGCCUUCAUCAUCACAUCCUCUGGAAUGGCAGUGACUUUAAACAUCCCUGAAAUCAAAGCUGAGAUAUUAGUUAAUCAUCAUGGCUUUGAGAUCAAACUUCCAUUUUCCAACUUUAAUGGUAAUACAGAGGGACAAUGUGGGGUCUGUGACAAUGAUCCAACAAACGACUGCAGACGUCCUGAUGGAAAAACUGACGAAUCAUGUGAGCAUAUGGCACAACUGUGGGCAGCCACCCCAGAAUGUCAAACCCCCCCACAACAGCCACCUGAAGUCCCACCCACCUGUACAGCAGAAGCCUGCGAGCUCAUCAAAAGCGAUUUGUUCAACAAGUGCCAUGAAGUCAUUCCAUAUCAAAGCUUUUAUGAGGCAUGUAAAUAUGACGUGUGCAACAAGAAAACUCCAUCGUUAGUCUGCACCAGUCUGGAGGCCUACGCACGGCAGUGUGGUGAGGCAUCCGUCUGUGUCGACUGGAGAAACGCAACUGAACUCAACGGGCUCUGUGACAACAAGUGCUCCAAUCACAAAGUCUACAAGGCAUGUGGGCCUAAAGUGGAAAAAACUUGCAGUUCAAGAUACAAUGAAAUGUUUGUGGACAAAGAGUGUCAAAGGAACGAAACAAGGUUUACAGAAGGCUGUUUCUGCCCAGAUAACACCUAUCUAUUUAGUUCAACGUCAGAUACAUGUACAGCUAACUGCGAUUGCAUCGGCCCUGAUGGAUCACCUAGACAGCCCGGAGAUACAUGGACCAUUGGCUGUACAACAUAUAAAUGUUCUGAUGAGAGCUUUGGUGUUGUGAAAGAGCCCGUUAUAUGUCCAAGUAUAGAGCCAUGUGGUGAAGAAUACAAAACAACUUUGAGAAACUGCUGUCCAACCUGUGAGUGCAAUAUCGAGUUGUGUCUUAGCAAGAAAUGUGAUGUGGGAUACGAGUUUGCAACAAAUGCAUCUGGGGAGGGUUGCUGUCCAGCCUGUGUUCCCAAAGAUGUCUGCGUGUACAAUGGCAAUGAGUACAAACCUGGCAUUAAAAUCCCCUCAGAUCCAUGCAACCAUUGCAGAUGUGAAAUGGAAAGAGACCCAGAGACUAACCUACAUGUUGUGCAAUGUUUCCCAAUGAUGUGUGAACCUUGUGGUGAGGGUUUUGAAGAGGUGAGGGUGGAAGGAGAGUGUUGCGCAACAUGUAAGCCAUCGGGAUGCAUCUACCAAGGCGCCAACAACACCAUACAAAUUCUCAGGGUUGGAGAAGUGCACAGAUCCGCAUGCAAGACUUUGACCUGCCAUGAAGUCGAUGGGUCAUUUUUAAUAGAAAAGAUAACAACACAAUGCCCUGAAUUCAAUGCAGAUGACUGUUUGCCCGGGACUGAGAGACUGGAUGUAGAUGGAUGUUGUCAAAUCUGUGAUCACAACGACUGCAACCUCAUAAAGAACACCACACGUGUGAAUGUAAAUGACUGCACAUCCAUCGAUCCUAUAGAAGUGACGUCCUGCAGUGGCCACUGUGACACCCUAUCAAUGUAUUCAAUGGAGGCAAACAGAAUGAUGCACAGCUGUUCUUGUUGCCGGGAGUUGAAAACCAUCAUGAAACAAGUGAAGCUGAAGUGUUCUGAUAACAGCGAGAUCAUGCAUGACUACGUCUACAUUGAGAGCUGUCAAUGCGAGCUGACCAAGUGUCAGGACUGAAGACUGGACAGUGGCUAAAUUCAACCUCUACCUAACUUGCUUUGAUUGAAUGAGACUCUAUUACAAUUUAAAAAAUAUUUGCAAGAUUAAAAGAUAAUGGUGAAAGAAUUAAAAAAUCUUCCUGCUUUUAUUAUUAUGGCAAAGCUUUCAUUGUAAUCACUUUAACGUUUCUCUCUAAUGUGACUUAAUUGUUUUCUUUAAUAAUCUUCAUUCUUCUGUCAAAAUAAUAAAAUGACAUAUAAAGUAGUUGAUUUUAAUGCACAAUAAACUAUAAAUAUUAUUUAUACACAAUAAAGUAAUCAACCUGCAACAAUAAACAACC